AUGUACAGUACUGUAAUGAAUCAUGCAGAUAUCCAACAAAGGCAACACGUCCAGGCCAUCCAACGGUACUGCUACUAUACUAUAACUACAAAGUACAGUAUAACACCACCUGCAUGCCUCCCUCCCCGGCCGUGCGCCGCAGCGCUGCGAACGGGCCGAAACAUCCAACCGCCGGAGCUGCCUCCUCCCCCCCUCCCGUCCGGGGAGACGCGGCGGGGGUCCGGAGAGAAGGAGAAGCCAGUCACCACGUCCAGUCAAGGUCAAGGCUGA